UCGAUAACGUCAACAUCCCGGAAAGCUCCCUUGCAAAUGUGGAUGAGGUAAAUGAUUCUCCCAUAGAGCAAGUUCGACUCACUGUCCUGAUUAAUGAUGAUACGACAUUGCCAUGUUUGACGUUUCGAACAUGGGCUUUAGGGAUAACCUCGUAUGCUGUUCUGUCAUUCUUGAACCAGUUCUUCCAGUAUCGCCAAAAUUCAUUGCAAAUAUCUUUGGUCUCGGCACAAAUCGUUGUUCUUCCACUUGGAAAGCUUAUGGCAGCAUAUCUACCUCGCAAAUUGCUGAAGAUUCCUUGGACAAAAUGGUCGUUCUCAUUAAAUCCAGGCCCUUUUAACAUGAAAGAGCUUGUCCUGAUUACUAUAUUUGCAAAUUCUGGUUCUACCUAUGUUUAUGCAGUGAACAUUAUUACCAUUGUUAAGGCCUUUUAUCACGGUCAGAUACACCCUUUGGCUGCUUUGUUGUUAGCUCAAACUACGCAGGUCGGUUUUUCUUUUAUUACGGACGUAACGGAUGCUAUUGUGGUCUUAUCUGUUGCUCACCAUCAUUAUUUCUUUUGGAAUAUUUACAUGCUUGGAUAUGGAUGGGCUGGAAUGUUCCGAAAGUUCCUUGUUGAUUUGCCAUUUAUGUGGUGGCCUAACAACCUGGUGCAGGUCUCCCUAUUUAGGGCAUUGCAUGAUGACGAGGUUCGGUCUAAAGGUGGCCUAACGAGGCUGCAGUUCUUCCUCGUGGUGUUCAUAUCAAGCUUCGCAUACUAUAUUGUUCCGAACUAUCUUUUUCCAUCAAUCACUGCUUUAUCUUUCGUUUGUUGGUUAUGGAAGGACUCGGUGACAGCCCAAAUAAUAGGAGCUUCGAGGUGGACUUGGGGUCGGAUCGUUUUCCUUGGAUUGGUUGACAGUGGCUAG